AUGGCGCAAAACCGUUGUCGUAAGGAUAUCGUCGGCAAGAGGUUCUUGUGCGUUUCGUCCCAUUCGAUCAAUGGUGGUGGUGGUGGGGGCCAAUCUUCAUCACCAAUCAAAAGUGCGAUCCACCAACAACAACAACAACAACAACGUACAACACCUCCGAACGAACCAGCUCGCUGGGCCUGGCGGGCGGGCGUGAUUCGUGCCGCCACACACCACAACAUCGACCAACACGACCUGCAGUUACUUUUGGAAUACGACGACCAAAGCUGGGAUCAGCGUGAAUGGACCCAUAUCCACCAAACGGGAGUAUUUCACGUCUUCCUCGUCGAGCACGACCUUUGGUGGGCGGGGACGCAACAACUUAGUCCGGCAUUGGCGUUCAGCAGUUUGGUGAAUCGCAGUCGUGUGGUGUUUCAAUUACCGGGAUCCUCUUGUCCGGGCGACGAAGAAGAGCCAACGAUCGUCGAAUCGGGAUCGUCGCAUCCGAGUGCCGUUGCUAGGACGACAACUGGUGGCAGCAGCAGUGAACAUAGUGCCACCCCUGUAAACGACAGUGAGAAACGAAACAACCAGUGCGCCGCCGAUCCCGAUCGAAAGACGAAAAACAACUCUUUGAGUGGUUGUGGUAGUAAUAGUAAAAAAGCAUCAGCUGCGCUGUUGUCAUUAGUGGCCGUCGAAUUCCUGUUGGACCAGCAGCGUUCCUUCCUCCCGUCAUCUCGUCUGCAACCUUUCCAGGAUUGGGAGUCGUUUGGUUGGUCGAGCCCUGCCGCCGUCGUCGCCGCCGCCGAGCAUCAGAAUCGAUCGCAUCCGACAUCUUCCUCGGAGGCAGUGAGAGAAGCCGUGCGGAAGUGGGCGGAGCUCCAAGCCGGCCAGCGGAUUCUGGUCACUACACCUUCAGUCGUUGUCGGCUACCGUUGUCAGGUGUACCGGUCUGAAGGAGCCACCCAGUGGUACACGGCCGUCAUUGUCGGUCUCGACGAAGAGUCGGGGGAACUGACCUUGACAGACGACACGGUACUUGAGGAACACUACGAGGAUCCUCGACUGCUUCAAAUCAAAUUGCUGGGCGAAGGAGUGGUCGAAUCCAUCUUGAGGGGCGAAACAGUAGGCAUCACAUCCAGACGAUCCAGGGCUUCGUCUCAGGCGGGGAAAGUGGUGCAUUCAUCGUUGGUCAGUCUUCCAGCACAUCCAGCAACGAAACGUGUGACAGCAGUACGUCCGUCUGGAGACCGGAACGACAGCACACCAAAAAGCAAGGUGAUCCGGAGCAGCCCGUCCAAGGUCAACAACAGUAGCAACAGCAGUAACAGUUACCGAGAACGGAAACGCAAGGCGAACUGCGCCUUGGAAUCAGACGACGAUACUCUAGUAGUAGGCGGUCCAUCGGUCAAAUCGAAACCGGAAGCCGAGGAGGCCACUCCCCCAGUGUCGAAUAGUUGUGAAUCUGUUGGAUUACCCCCUGUCAAGACGUCAUCGGUGGAGAUAAUCCCUGUCGUCAGUGCAGCAGCAGCAGCAACGAAACCGUUGUGUGAAACGACGAUUAGCGGUGCAGUUAGUGCCGUUUGCAGUAGUGAACUGUUAUCGUCGUCGUCCGCCAGCGCCAGCGUGGCGACUUCGGCGCCACCAUCCGUUGUGUCCGUCACGGAGAGCGACAGAGGAGGGCGGCUCCGCGACAAGAACAUCCUCAACAAAGACGCCAGCGUGUCUUAUCCGGGCGGAUUAGCCGGUGGUGGUGGUGGUGGUGUUGGUGGUAGUGGUGGAGGACUGGUGAUUUUCCCUGUGCCACCACGGACAGGAGCUCCUGGAGCCGCAGUUCCUCCGCCUAGCCAGCAGCAGCAUGUCGACAGGCCUUACAAUUCAGUAAUCUCGGCUGCUUCCAAUAGCCACACCGCUGCUGCUGCUGCGGCAGCAGCUGCAGCCGCCGCUGCCGCCGCCGCCGUCCAUACGCCAGCUUCCGCCAUGGAGCGCGAACGUGAGCGGGAGCGGUUCGAGGAGGAACAGCGUGAGCAACGCGACCGAGAAACGGGCGGUGGUGGGGUCAGUAAUCUCAGUCGUGGCGGUGGCAGCGGACAAGGAGCUCAAAAGAGAUCGCCAGCCUCGUCACCAUCGUCUGCGGCUGCGGCCAGAUCCACGGCCAUGUCCGCUGUCAAGAGAACCCCAGAGCCGACCUACUCGCAGGCUUCUGGUGGAGGGGCCAGUGUGGGACCGCCUGGAACCAUGUACGGACAUUAUUUGCCAGCUGGCAUACCUCAUCCAAGUACCUUGCCGUUCGGCCUACCGCCAGGCAUGGCCAGUUUCUCAGGCUUACCGCAUCAUUCAGUCGCAGCCGCCGAGAUGUAUUGGAAAAUGCAUCAUCACAACCUCAUCAACAAUCAAGCCCAGGCGGCAGCAGCCCAGGCGGCAGCUGCUGGACAGCCUUCUCACGAGGAAUUAUAUAUGGCUCACGAACGGGAACGCGAAAGACAGGAACGUGCGGCCAGGGAACGUGAACGGGAGCGCAGAGAACUGGAGGCCAAGGAGCAACAACAGCAACAGCAGCAGCAACGUGAAAGAGAACGUGAGCGUGAGAGGAUGGACAAGGAACGAAUGGAGCGAGAGCGGCACAAACAAGCUGUUGAUCAACAUUUCGAAGAGUCAUUAAUGCGCUACCACAGACAAAUCGGCGAAUUGAAAUCGGCGGCGGCGGCGGCUGGAUCCGGAGGAGGCGUUCCUUCGUCUGCUUCGUGGAAUCCACCGACUAUGCCAGUCAAAGGUCAGACGUCACAACAACAACAACAGCAGCAGCAGUUAGUAAUGACUAUGAGCGGAGGAGGAGGAGGCAGCAGCAGUCAAGCCCCACCCAGUCAUAUCAACAGUCAGGAGCGCGACAAAGACAAGGACAAUCGGGAUCGAUACAUGGCUGCCUACAAUUUGGCUAUCGAUCGCGAUCACCGCGAGCGGCUCGCUCGUGGCGGCCAGCAACAGAGUGGUUCCAGUGGACCACCGUCCAAUAAUCCUUAUCCUGCACUCCCUCGGGCUGAUUUGAGUUUCUCUGUCCAGGGAUAUCAAACGGCCCCUAGUCCGUCGAAUAAUCAGAUGCAGCAACAUCAGCAACAACAACAGCAACAACCUCUGCCGAGAAAGUCAGAACAACAGCAGAUGCAACAACAACAGCAUCAUCUCUCGGCGGCUGAUUACUCAAAAGCCAGCGGCGGUGGUGGUGGUGGCGUCAUUGUUGGCCCAAGUGAACGAAUCGACCGUGAUUCCAUUCGCCCUGACCAUCGUGAGCAGCUGCAACGGUCGUUUGAAUUGCAACAACAGCAACAACAACGUUUAGAAGCUCGUGACCAGCGUCCGCCCACCUUGUCGUACAAACCAUACGAGCAGACGCCACGACUCGUCCCUGGGAGUAACAAUAGCGGCGGCAACAACAGCGGAGGAGGCAACAAUAGCAGCAACCCUAAUAUCCGCACCAGUCGAAGUCCGCACCCGCAAAUGACGCCUCCAACAUCCGCUGCUUCCGCCUAUCCCAUUCACUAUGCUGGCCCGGGUCCUGGCUCGUCGCAACACCCGUACAGCCCAAAUCCAACCAGCGCUGUUCGAAGUGGCCCGUCUAAUAGUUACAUGCCUCCACCCUCCGUUUCACCUUCUCGGUCUCCAGCAGCGGCGGCAGCAGCAGCUGCGGCGGCUGCUCACGUUCCUCCCUAUCCAGCUAUGAGGUAUAGCCCAGCUCCUCAAACGGCACCUGCACCUUGCACCUCUCCAUCUGCCAAUCAAAAGAAGACCAGCCCGUCACCGCUUCAGCAGCAGCAGAACAUGGGCUCUGGAAGUGCAGCAGCUCUUUAUGGUCGGCAAGGACUUGCUGGAGUCCAAGUGGUCGGAUCGGCUGGAAUCUCUAGUGGAACAUCAGUUCAGUGCCGGCCAGACCAAACGAUUCCUCUUUCACUCAUAACUCCAAGCAAAUCGAGUCAACCGGAAUCGGCACCUCCCCCGGCGCACACUGCCCGGAAUACGGACCGAGAUCGUGAGAGAGAGAUGCGAGAACGUGAAAGAGAUGUCCGGAUUUACCCGCACAACGCCUUUUCACCACUGGCUCAUCAACUUCCUCCCCCGCAACCUCUAUUAAACACUGGCGCAAGCAAUCGAGGUGGUCCAGGCCCUGGACCGCCCAUGCCUCAGCAACAACCACUCGAUUUGGGAACUUAUAGAGAGGACUCUCCAAUUCCGCUGAUUUCCUCUGCCCGCCUAUCGACUGGUGAAGCCCAAUCGAAGAAGACACGGCCGGAACCACAGCAGCAGCAGCAACAACAACAGCAACAACACCACCAUCAUCAGCAGCAGCAGCAGGCACAACCUCCGCAGCAGAUUUCCAUGCCGGCUUACCCCAAUCUUGGGCCAGUUGGUUUCCCUGUAGCGCCAUUGAUGAGCGUGGCUGCAUUAGUUGACGCUGGAUACUCUACGAGUGCCACGGCUCAAGUGAAACCACCCAGUAAUCCGGCCAGUGGGUUUUCAAUGGGCUUGGCAACUCCGCGCCAUCCAUCAGAUACACCACCCCUCCUGAUGUCUUCCGUACCUGUAACUUGUAAUCCAAUCGAUCGGCCGGUGGAAAUUUCCAGUCGCCCAUUGGUUAUAAAGAGCGAGCCCGGUGUUGAAGUUACCCCGCCACCUGUGGAACAAGAUCGAGUCACUGCCGUAAGCCGAUCCCCUCCAGUGGUUGCAGCACCUGUCGUCGUCGUCGUCAAACAGGAAGAAGUCAAAGUCAAACAAGAGCCAAUUCCGACAACACAAUCCAAUAACAGCACGUGGAGUAACCCCGGAAGUAGUAGUAAUGCCACGUCCAGCAGCAGUAGCAGCGGCGCCAAACCAGCAGUGCACAAGUUAAAGAAGGCUUGGAUCCAACGACACACGGGUGGUGACGAGGUUGUUGUGAAACCAACUUUCAACAGCGUUGAUAUAAAACCGGAGCCAAUGGACCGCAGUAGCCCAGGCCCGAUGAAAAUGGCCCGGAAAGCAACUGCUUCCGUCAAGAGCGAGAUCAACGGUUACGGUUCGCCGCAAAACGCAACAGAUGAGAGCGAGUCUCUGGGAUUGAGAGGAGGAGCCGCAGCAGGCAAACGGAAGCCACGAGCAACUGCUGCGGCUACCAAAGAUAAGCGAGCCAAAACGGUUGCAGCAGCGGCGGCGGCUGCCGCUGCGGCCGCCACCGUAUCUGCCACUCCAGCCUCAUCGACAGGAGGUAGCAGUUCAGAGGGGGAGGCCUCGGAAUCGGAAAACGACGUUAAUAACGGCGGAGGAGGUCGCACGAAAAAGGGCGGAGCCGUGGCUGCACUCAAGGAGAGUUGCGGCAAGUCUGGUGCCGGUGGUGCCGGUCGCGGCUCUUUGGCUGGACGGCAGAGGAACAGUGAUAGCAGCAGCAGCAGCAAAGAGGGCCAACCAGUCCGCAAAGGCCGGGCAGGAGGAGGAGUUUCAGGAUCGACUGGUGGCGGCGCCGCCGCCGCCCCAGGAAAUUCAUCGCCGUCUGGGCCCAACGCCAAGCCAGGGUCGGGCAAUCCUUUUAACAAACCCCCCGUUCCCGUGCUGAAAAAGAGCGGCGAAAGUUUUCUUCAGGAUGCUCCCUGUUGGGAAGUCGCGCCCCGUUUGGCCAAGUGCCGCGAAUGCCGUCUCACUCCUCAUCAACGACGCAGGAACGAACAGCAAAGCAAUGCCAACAUCUUUUGCCGCUUCUACGCUUUCCGGCGGCUACGAUACACCAAGUCGGGCCAGUUGGCCAUCGCUGGCUUUUCCGAUCCGUUAAAGGAUGCAUCUGAAGAUGACUUGAGACUAUGGCUGCCUCAGCCGGAAAAGUCUGUCCAAGAGUUGGAUGUUGACAUGUCGCUCUUCCUCCUCACCCACGUUGGCGACCAGUUUUGCUGGAUGGUUCAAACGGAAAAAGAAGCAAAGGCCGAGGCGCUGGCAGCUGAGGCGGAGGAUGGUGACACAGUUCAACAACAAAUAGCCUGGAAACGAGUUGUCCAGGGAGUGCGUGAAAUGUGCGACGUAUGUGAGACGACUCUCUUCAAUUUCCACUGGGCGUGCGGAAAAUGCGGCUAUGUAGUGUGCAUCGAUUGCUACAAAACGCGAAAGGCUGCCAAAUCCCCAUCCAAUGGAAGCGGAAGUGGCAACAAGGAUGACGAAAAAGAGGAAAAGGAUAAAGAGCGUGAUCUUCACGGGUGGUUGUUUUGUACCAGUCGAUCGGGGCACGACCCAGACAAGUUGAUGCCAACCCAAAUCAUAGCUGGCAAGGCUCUAGAGUGUAUGGAACGACUGGUGCAUUCCUACCGGAAGCAGUGGAAUAUAGCCGAGUUUUGUGAUUGCCCCGAAGGCAAGAAAUCUGUCGAAACCACCGAGUCAAACGGCUCUGUCAACAACGGAUCCAAUGGCAUUUGCAAGAGUUUGAACGCCGGAUCUUCUAAAACCGACGGAAUGUCAAACGGUGACGCCGAUGGUAAAGGUGGCGUCGAUUCUGAAUCUGUGAAACCUGUCAAUGGAAAUCCAGCUCAGUCGGACUCAAAGAAUGGGGGCAACCAAACCGGUUCGUCACUGUUGAAUGUGUUGGCUGACGUGGCUUUAACCAAAGAAAAGAAGCCGGGCAAGUCAAAGAACGGGUACGGUGGUGCUGCUGUAAAAGGUGAGGCUGUUGAUGGAGCAGCAACUGCAAUUGGGUCCGAUGGUGAAUCCGAUUUGCCCAGCGACGAAGAGGAAGGUGGUGAACACUUUUCAACGCUUAGAGAACUGCUCAUCCGCCCGGCACCCAAGACCAGCUCUGGCAAGAAUUCUGAACAAAACACGGGCCCUGUCGCUAAACGGCAACGCAUGGAAACGCUUGAAGAUGUCAUUUCUUGCGUCAUUGAACGAGGAGUCGAUCGUGAACCCAGUCCCGAGGCUUCCGCCUCCGUAAAUGCUGCCGCUGGGUCUUCGCCCAACGCUUCCACUGCCGCCGUUGCUGCCGCUCCAGGCAAAGACUCUAAUGGGGAGCCUGAAGAGGUUGCAGUUGACGUUGAAUUAGUGCACUUUAAGCGUCGUGGAGACGCAUUCAAGACGGUACUGAGUCGUGGAAUGCUUCCACCUCGCAUCAUGGUUCUUUCGGAAUCAUUGAAAGCUUAUCCAGACAUCCCACAUUCGUGGCUCUGUACGGGGAAGUUGCUCAGAUUGCAUGACCCCGGAAAUCCCAACAAUUACAAACUCUUCCAGGACUCUUGGAAACGAGGGCAGCCUGUCGUAGUUUCUGGAGUGACCCAGCUUAUGGAUCAAUCCAUCUGGCAUCCGGAUUCCUUUCUCAGAGACUUUGGGGACAUCAAGAACGACCUCAUUAACUGUAUGACAGGCAACACUGUCCCCAAUCAACCCAUGAGGAAGUUUUGGGAAGGUUUCGAGCGUCUCACAAAGAGACUCAAAGACGAGAAGGGUCAACCGAUGCUCCUUAAAUUAAAGGAUUGGCCUCCUGGUGAUGAUUUCGCCGAGUUGUUGCCAACUCGAUUCAGUGACUUGAUGAAAGCCCUCCCACUGGCCGAAUACACCCAUCGCAACGGACGUUUGAAUUUGGCUGGCCGAUUGCCCGAAUGCUUCGUGCGGCCAGAUCUCGGCCCCAAAAUGUACAAUGCUUACGGCUCGGCUUUACUCUGCUCCAAAGGGACGACCAAUCUUCACCUUGACGUCUCGGACGCGGCCAACGUCAUGGUCUAUGUUGGAUUACCCAAGGAAGCCAACAGCGAAGAGCAUAUCAAGGAGGCUUUUAAGGCAGUCGAAGAGUCGGGAUGCGAUUUCCUUACUCGAACGAGAGUUGAAACCGGUGGGGAAAUACCCGGCGCCCUGUGGCACAUUUAUCAAGCCAGAGAUGCAGACCGCAUUCGGGAUUUCUUGAACAAGGUUGCUCUGGAACGAGGAGAACGGCUCGAGCCUCAUCACGAUCCUAUUCACGACCAGAGCUGGUACCUCGACGGAGAACUUAGAAAACGAUUGUAUAAGGAAUACGGAGUGGCUGGCUACGCUAUUCUUCAGUGUUUGGGCGACGCUGUUUUCAUCCCCGCGGGAGCGCCUCAUCAGGUGCGAAACCUUCACAGUUGUAUUAAAGUGGCGGAGGAUUUCGUCUCUCCCGAGACGGUGGCUCACUGUUUCCAGCUGACCCAGGAGUUCCGUCACCUCUCUGAUUCCCAUACCAAUCACGAGGAUAAGCUUCAGAUUAAAAACAUCAUCUACCACGCGAUGAAGGAUUCUAUAGCGGCGCUAGCCCACGCUAAGAACGUAACAUUCGCGGAGCUUUUGAAAAUCUAUGAAUCCUUUGCCACCGGCACUGAUUCGAACAAUUAGUCCCAAACUGUCAUCGUGCCCAAAUUCAAUGUAGUUUAUUGAUUUGAAAGGAGAGAAAAAUAGGCUGCUAUUACUAUUUUACAGCCGUUAUUAAAGUGAGGCUAACUAUCGGAAGAGAUCUUAACACGGGAUAUGGGCUGCACAGUGUGCAAUCUUGUUACGUUGAAGGUAUGUGUGCCUUGGGAGAAUGAAAUAGAAUAGCAUUGAUCUCAAGUUCGGUGGGACGUGUUUCUAUAUCUUAUCUUUUUGAUUUUUCUUUUUCUUUAUCGACUUUUUCUCUCCUUUUUUUUGGUACAUGUAAUUCAACAACAUUGGAAAACGUUUCCCGUCCUGUUCUUUUUGUCCAGUUCGAUCCCACCAAAAUUCAACGUGGCAGUUGUAAAUAUUGUAGAUAUUUAUACAUACUUUGGUCUCGAAGUGGACAGUUUUGAUUGUAUCUUGGUCUGUGUUCUCUAUGAACCUGUGUUUUUCUCGACUUUUCUGAAUUGUUUUAGACGGAUGUGUCAUUCAUGUUUGUAAAACCCGUGCGGAUGGAUCAGGCUUGUUGGUUUUGUAAUUACAAUACAAUAUCGCUUAAGAACAUGGAA